AUGGAACGUUCAACCCCAGAAUUAAGGCGCAGUGUCCGUCUUCAGGAAAAGGGUUAUUAUGGACCACAGGACAAAUCCGUCAUCAGCUACAAGGAAAGACUCUUCAAAGUCUUCAAGCGACGAAGGCAGAGACAGCGUGAUGAUGAAAAGCAUCACUUUGUGCCACUGCCACUGCCACUGCCACUGCCACUGCCACUGCCUUCUCGAACUAAUUCAACCAAACAGCCAAAGCCCAACUACCUGCCCACGCAGUUUGAGGUUUUGGUCAUGGUGUUGUUCGCCCUGCUUGGAGCCAUCUUGUUUAUUUAUACACUGCAGGAAGAUGUGUACCAGCUAGAUGUAGGAGAUGCAGGAGGUGCAGGAGGUGCAGGAGAUGCAGGAGGUGCAGGAGGUGCACUAGGAGGGGACAGAGCAGUACUAGCAGCAGGAGAUGUAGGACGUGUAGGAGGUGUAGGAGGUGUAGGAGGUGUAGGAGGUGCACUAAGAGGGCACAGAGCAGUACUAGCAGCAGGAGAUGCUCCACUGAUGGUAAACUACGCUCUUCUGUCACAGCAGGCCACAGUUCUCCGAUCUCGCUCUAGCCCCACCUACUUUCGACACGGUGUAUUGGAGAUGAUCCAGUGGCUGUUGUGCUCCAAACAUCUCUUUGUGCUGCGCCCUGAUUCCCCCCUGAUCCCCGGCUACUGCUGGCCCUUCGCUGGAGACAAAGGACACCUUCACAUCCAACUGGCCCAGAACAUCCAAAUUACCCACGUGACACUGGGGCACAUCACCAAGACCCAAUCGCCAACCGGGGAGACCACAUCGGCACCCAAGCACUUCGCUGUCUACGGGAAGAUGACGUUGGAUGGAACGGAGCAACUACUCGGACGAUUUUUCUACGACACGGGGGAACCGGGUUUCCAAACGUUUGCGAUUUCAGGACGGAAAGGUGUAUCUUUUAAACAUGUACGACUGCAGGUGGAGUCCAACUGGGGCAACACGGAAUACACCUGUCUGUACAAUUUUAAGGUGCACGGAACACCUGCGCCCCCUGUCGGCCAAGUCACGCCCCCUCAACAAGGACAGUGUCAUUGAUAAUACUUUAUCAGAACUGAUCUUGAACAGAGUGGACCGGUUGGCUUUGUGGAAAGAGGUCAGGAGAUCCACUGUUUGUCUCAAAAUCAGCAUGAUGAGUAUUGAAACUUCCUCCCGACCAGUUGGAAUCUGUAGAAAGAAAUUGGAAGUUUGUCUAAAUGACAUUUCUUGGGCAAUUUGAGGUUUAAAGGACGACAGUAACGACAGAUGAACCAAAGAAAUACACAGGGGUUUUUGGUGCCACUGUUACUGUAGCGUCGUACGGCUAAAUCUCCAACAGGAAUAGUGUAACUUACACUGUCUACUGAAGUUUAUAUCUCAGUAGAUAUGAGUGUAAAUGUUUCCAAAUUUGUCAAAAGAACAGUAGGCUCCGGUUAAACCCACGUGUAUAUGAGGGCUGUUCUGUCUAUCCUCUCCCCUGAGUCUUCCACAGCAACCAUGAUGGUGACCUUUCACCCCCCAGGAGACGCACAGGAGGCCAACGUUGGAUCAGUUAAUCUGAGAUUGGAUUUGAUGUGGUUUAGUUCCAGCAGCCUAUAGACCAGGUUUGGAUCUGGUGUUAGACCUGGUUCAGACCUGGUUUAGUCUUCGUUUAGACCUAGUUUAGUCCUUGGUUUAGACAUGGUUUAGUUCUUGUAGCCCUGACCCAAUCACGCUGAGGCAGAGGCGCCCUCCUGUGGCCUGGAUCUGCCAGAGGUUUCUUCCUCAAAGGGAGUUUUUCCUCUCCACUGUCGCUCUGGAGGUUAAUGGGUCAGUUUUAGACCAGGUUUAGAUCUGGUAUAGACUUGUAUACUAUAGACUACGGAAAAGGGAAAGAUAAACCUGAAGACUGGAACUACCGCAUCUGAAAAUUGGAAAAUAAAAACCAUUAAAUUAAAUAUUGUUUGUCUUAGUUUCUCUGUUAAGUAAAAAAUAUUGUCAAAGAACUCUAGUGCACUCACAGAUUUACAUGAAGGCCAAAGUAAACUGCACUGAUUCUAUGUCUGUUACACAUACAGAAUCUUGAUAACAAGUAUUUAAAAGUCAACCAUUAUUUUGAUUGAGGAUAAUAGAACAUUUAGACAUAAUAGAACCGGGUACACAUCCAGUGUACUCCGGUUAUGUGUGUGCCAACUUGUGUGAUGACUGGGUGAAUAUUUUAGGCCGCAGAUGGUUCAGAAAUUGCUGAAAUUGCUGAACCUUCAUAAUGGCAUGACCUUUCAACU